AUGGGGCAGCCGAACCCGGGGCAGUUACCUGCAAUGCCUCCCUCAGGGCCGGCCGGCGCCGCUCUCCUUCAGCCGCCGAGCCCAGGCCGCGGGCUCAGCCGGCCGGCAGCGCCUCUGCCCCCGCUCCCAUCCGCACCGGCCCCGGCCGCCGGGAGGAAAUGGCGAGGAGGAGUGGCCGUGGCUGCACUUCCUUCUGGCAGGGCAUGGGCCCGGCCGCCUCGACCGUUCUGCUCUCCCCCUCCUGCCCACAGCCCUCGGCGGCCGCUGCCGGCACGGCGCCGCCGUCUGAAGCGGCAGGAAGGCGGCGCGGGCGCGGCGGGGCCGCACCGGCCUCAGCCCCUCCGCCGCACGGCCCCGGCUGCGGGCAGCACCGACCCGAGCCCCUCCGCCGCACGGCCCCGGCCGCGGGCAGCACCGACCCGAGCCCCUCCGCCGCACGGCCCCGGCUGCGGGCAGCACCGACCCGAGCCCCUCCGCCGCACGGCCCCGGCUGCGGGCAGCACCGACCCGAGCCCCUCGGCCGCACGGCCCCGGCUGCGGGCAGCACCGGCCCCAGCUCCGCCGCACGGCCCCGGCUGCGGGCAGCACCGGCCUGAGCCCCUCCGCCGCACGGCCCCGACUGCGGGCAGCACCGGCCUCAGCCCCUCCGCCGCACGGCCCCGACUGCGGGCAGCACCGGCCUCAGCCCCUCCGCCGCACGGCCCCGACUGCGGGCAGCACCGGCCUGAGCCCCUCCGCCGCACGGCUCCGGCUGCGGGCAGCACCGGCCCGAGCCCCUCGGCCGCACGGCCCCGGCUGCGGGCAGCACCGGCCCCAGCUCCGCCGUACGGCCCCGGCUGCGGGCAGCACCGGCCCGGGCAGCACCGGCCUCAGCCUCUCCGCCGCCACACGGCCCCGGCUGCGGGCAGCACCGACCCGAGCUCCGCCGCACGGCCCUGGCUGCGGGCAGCACAUCUGCGCUCCCCGCGGGUCAGUACCCGCAGCCUGCCCCCGGCAAAGGCCGGAGCGGCGAUGCUGCACGGAAGGGUUACCGGGGCUGAGGCGGCACCCGGGCAGCUCAAGGAUGAGGUUCCCUUGCCGGCAGGGAGCACAGGGGAGCGGAAAGCAGAGGGAAGUGGGGAGAAAUGA